UAAUAUUAAGGGUAAAUAUUAAAAGAAUUUUUAGUAUUAAAGUUAAGGAGAAUAGAAAUGAAAAUUAAAUCAGCUCUUAAAAAGUACUGCCAACACUGUUAUAUUGUUAAGAGAGGCAAAAAGGUUAUGAUUAAGUGCAAGAUUGAUCCUCGUCAUAAGCAAAGAUAAGGAUUUUGCUCUACUUAAGAGAUGUAGGGUGAAUAAUAGUAAAUUAUUUAAAAUGAAUGUCUCAAUCAAAAUAUGGUGAAUAUGGAUUAGAUUUAUAUAAUGAGUAAGAUUUAAAACGAUUGCAUGAUGACUUACUCAAUUUCUGAUUUAUACAACAAAAUUAUCUAAUGA